GUGCUCAGACUGAAGCUUCAACCAUACUUUCUCCCAGAUCCAUUUCUAAGCUCAUUCAAGUCAUCAUCAGAGUGGAGAAACUCAGGAUCCUGCUCCUUAUGGUGUUGGUUGUUGGUUUUGGUGGAUUGCAGAGAAAUGGAAAAGAUCAAGGAUCCAUCAAUUUACCGCAAUCCAGUCAUAUUACAGAGCGAGGAUUUAACCAAGUAUAUAUUGGAAACAGCUGUUUACCCUAGAGAACCUGAGCCCCUGAAGGAGCUGAGGGAACUCAAUAAAGAUCACCCUUGGGGCUUCAUUGCUACUUCACCUGAUGCUGCUCAGCUAAUGGCCUUACUUUUAAAGGUGUUGAAUCCCAGAAAGACCAUUGAAGUGGGAGUGUUUACUGGUUACUCCCUUCUCCUCACUGCACUCAACAUUCCUCAUGAUGGAAAGAUUACAGCCAUAGAUAUUAACAGGAAAGCUUAUGACAUUGGAUUACCAGCCAUAAAAAAGGCUGGAGUUGAGCACAAGAUUGAUUUCAUAGAGUCUGCAGCUCUGCCAAUUUUGGAUAAACUACUUGAAGAUCCUGCAAAUGAAGGAUCUUUUGACUUUGCUUUCGUUGAUGCUGACAAAGAUAACUAUGUUAACUACCAUGAGAGGCUUAUAAAACUGAUCAAGAUCGGUGGUUUACUUGUAUAUGACAACACUCUGUGGGGAGGACGUGUUUGCUGGCCUGAAGAAAAAGUUCCAGAACACUUCAGAUCAGGGAGGAAUGCAGCAAUUGAAUUCAACAAGACAAUCACAAACGAUUCUCGCGUUGAAUUUGCUCUUACUUCUGUAGGAGAUGGUCUCAAUAUUUGUAGGCGCGUAGCUUGAGUUUUGUGUACUGAUUAUGAUUACACUUUUUGCUUAUCAGUAGUAACCAGUGUUAUAUGCACUGCUAUUAUAUAUUUUCAGCAGCUAUCUCAACAAAAUUUACUUUUUGUGCUCCUAAUGAAUGGUUUCAUGUUAAAUUUUUAA